AUGGUCAACAUUCCCAAGACCAGAAACACCUUCUGCAAGGGCAAGAAGUGCAGAAAGCACACUCCCCACAAGGUCACCCAGUACAAGACUGGUAAGGCUUCGCUCUAUGCUCAGGGUAAGAGACGUUACGACCGUAAGCAAUCCGGUUAUGGUGGUCAGACCAAGCCCGUUUUCCACAAGAAGGCAAAGACUACCAAGAAGAUUGUCCUUCGUCUUGAAUGCACUGCCUGCAAGUACAAGAUGCAACUCCCCAUCAAGCGUUGCAAGCACUUCGAGUUGGGUGGUGACAAGAAGACCAAGGGUGCUGCUCUCGUUUUCUAA